AAGAAUCAGCUGUUUCCUGUUUGGACAAAGCAGAGGGUGAUACAGGGCAGCAUGACACUGUAGGAAGUGAAAGAUGCAUUCCUGCAGGCUGCUCACAGACAGCUGUUGUUGUCAGCUGACUGCUCUGGGGGGGUUCAGCAGUGACUUCCAGACUGUGAGGCUCUGUUUCUAUGCAAAGAGGAUCCCCACCACCACAUAGUCUCAAUGACAGGAGGUUAGAUCCUCACUGCCACAGUCAUGGACCCAGUCUCACAGGUUCUGGAGCAGCUGGGGGUCCUGAUGUCGGUGGUGGCCUGGCUCUGCUCUCUUACCACCUCCCUGAUUCCUUCAUGGCUCAGUUUUUCCACAGAUCUUCUGCCUGCAGAGACCUUCCAGCUUGGUCUGUGGAGGACUUGUGUUCUGCAGGAUCUUGGUCUGCAGGAGUGCCGCCCUUACAACAACUUACUUGGCAUGCCUAGGAAUAUCAAGCUAGCCCGGAUCCUGGUGUGCGGCUCACUGGGCUUGGGGCUGAUGGGCUUACUGCUAGCUGUCCCAGGUCUGGACCUGGUCAAUGGAUGCUGGCAUCAUCUGGAGAAGCAGAGCUGCAAGAGGACCCUGAAAGCAGCAGGGGGCUCUCUUUGUUUAAUUUCUGGAUUGCUAGACCUGGUCUCAGUGUCCCACAUUGCCCACAUGGCAGUGGUUCAGUUCUUUGAUGAGACAGUACCUGAUGUGGUUCCUCGCUGGGAUUUUGGAGAUGCCCUCUUCUGGGGCUGGACGGCUGGAGUACUGCACCUGGGCGCGGGAGUACUACUGCUGACUUCCUGUCUGAACCUAGACACUCAUAAUCGUAACCUUCCUGUCGGAAUCUCUCUGGUCCAGCUACAGGAAACCCGCCACCGGGCCAGAACCAGAACAGAAUAUGUCUAACAUAAAUGAGGUUUUUGGUAGUUUUCUUGUGUUGUUCUCAAGGCUGCGGUUUGGAUGCAGAGGAACAGUAUGAUCUGGACCAGACUGUUCUGAUGAACAUCAUGAUUGCAUCGACCGGAAAGGUCCAACUUAACCUGCAGUUUUAUGAGGACACAUAUGCUUGUGUAUGUUUGCACUGCUCAACUGUGACUGAAGGUCAGUUUGUAAUGAGACAUUUGACUCAACCAAUUCAAUCACAUCAUUGUGUUGUUCUCUUCUGAAAUCAAAUAGCGGUCCAUCUGCCUCGAAUCAUUUAAAUGUACAGUUGAAGUUUGAUCCAAGACUGUCUGCUCCUGCAGUCAUGAUCACAGUGUGUUUAGGACUUGACAUCAGACCAAGUGGUCAUGUGGUGUUUUUAAUGCCUGUUUUAGGACUGAUUUUUGUUAAAUGAAAAAUGUUCAGUUAUUUGAAAGCUGAGGACACAGAAGUAAUGAAGUCCCAGAGUGGAGGAACAGCUUUUUUCCCCUGAGGUUCAGUAAGUGUGCUGCUGUAUCUGCUGCUGAAGGAGAUUUGAUAAGACCACAACAGUACUGUGUAAAUAUUUGUCAUUCUAGAGACUUCUUCAUGAUCUUCAAGAUGUCCUGGUGUGUGGUCAGUGAGACUUUUAGUAGGCUUCAACAGAAGCUCAGAUGGUCUGUUGUCAGUUUUCAAAAAUAUGAUGGAGGAAACUAAGCUUGAUUUUAAUAAGCAGUCAGCUUUACAGGACCAACAUUUGGGAUAUGCUUUAUUUUCUAGUCUUGAUACAUUCCCAAACCACUAAUUAGAUUUUUAGUGAUGCAAACUGUGAGCAGAAAAAACAACAGCUACAUGAGCUAAUACUUA